AAAACGAAGCGGAGACAGCCGCUGUCAAUGUCAAAUCAAUAUUAUUAUUUAUUUAUUAUUGCCUGUACAUAGUUUAAAAUUCAGUAUAUCCAUGAUUAUGCGUUUCUUACUUAAAUACGUGGGAUUACAUUUUUCAUAAUGGAUUUGUGUAGAACCUGUCUUAAAACUCCGGCCAAUAAGGCAUUGUUAGACCUAGAAAAGGGUAUAAAUGUUGACGACAAAAACUACCUCGAAAUCAUGGUGUUUUGUUUAGAUAUUGAGGUAAAUAACCGCGUGUGGGAGUUUAUUAUAAGCGUAUUGCCAGUACUACAUAUGCCACUUCAUUCACAGGUAACAAAUGACUCAAAAAUUACAACAAAUCUCUGUAAUAUUUGCUACAGAAAAAUCAUUUCGUUUUACAAGUUUAAGGCGCUAUCUCUAAAAAAUGAUGCCUAUUUAAAAUCUUUGAACCAAGUUAUAUCGCAAGAGGAUCAAAAACUGUCAGUGUAUGUCGAUGAAAAUGGAAUCAAACAUGAGAACCCCUUGGAAACUGACGAAUAUGGUUCUUGUAUAGUUGAAGAGUACAAAAAAGAAAUAAAACUAGAAAUAGAUGUGAAAAAUGAAGUCAAAUUUGAAGAUGAAGAUAUCAAGAAUGAAAAGCGAUUAAGAGACAUUCAAAUAGAAGCUCAGGAUGUUGACACAUUGGAAGACAUAGAGUCGGACACACAGAGUGUAAUAAAAAAAAUAAAAAAUUAUAAGACCAAAAGAACAAGUCAAGUAAAAAUUAGUAAAAAACGUGGUCAUCCACCUAAACCGGAGUACCAAAUGUGUGAGGAAUGCGGCAAACCAGUCCGUAACCUGAAGCAGCACAUGGACCUCCACAAGCCUAAAAGUGAGCGGAAGAUGCUGCCAUGCAAGGUGCCAGACUGCCCUAAGCUCUUCUUCACCUAUCGGGGUCAGAAAUACCACUACAAAAGUACACAUUUAGGCUUAAGAUUCAAAUGCGAAAUUUGUAAUAAAGAAGUGACGAACUUGUCAGCGCACAAAUUGCUCUCCCACAACCCUACCGCCCUCCCGCACGGCUGCGCGUCGUGCGGCCGCCGCUUCCUCUCGCGGUCGGCGCUCGCCACGCACAUGACCUCGCACACGCAGGACCAUGCGUUUGAGUGUGAUGUCUGUCAGAAGAAGUUCCGGUCCAAGCCUUUUCUAUCGAGGCAUAUACGGCAGGUCCACGAGAAAGAGAGAAAAUUUCAAUGUGAAUUUUGUUCAAAGGGUUUCUUCAGAAAGUCUGCACUUAAUGAUCAUUUAAGGACACACACAGAGGAGCGCCCAUACAAGUGCGAAGACUGCGGCAAAGCGUUCUCUUGGAGCACCACGUUGAAGAGCCAUCGCUUGAUCCACUCGGACGAAAAGAGGUUCCAAUGCGAACUAUGCGACAAGAGCUUUUUGAAACCCGGGUAUCUGCGCGCCCACAUGAUCAGCCACACGAAGGAGAAGCGCUACCCGUGCGCGUUCUGCGGCGCGCGCUUCGGCCGCUCCGACCACCGCAACCGGCACCAGCUCACCGCGCACAAGAAACAACACACAUCCAACCUUAUCUCCACGUCGUAAGGCUCAAAUUAGGAUAGCGCAACAAUUAUAAAAUAAAUCAUGAUCAAUUUAA